AUGUGGUUAGCAAGCCUUCUCAAGUACAAAUGGUGUUCAACACAAAAUCGAUAUUAUAAAACACGAGCGAUGUGGACUAUGUCUUUAUUCUUAUCCAUAUUAGUCGUACUAUGCUUUCAUAAGUUGAUUGGUUUUUUCCAACCACAAAUAUCGGAUAUUUUUACAGAGGGUAUGCAUUAUGAUCAUCGCAACAACGCCAUAAACAAUUCAAAUUUACUUCACUCAGAGCCCAAUGCACUGUGUGUACUUGUACGCAUUUAUGGGCCACAGGUUCCAUAUUUAACAGCCUUCGCACUUGGGUUUCUUCAUAAUAGUUUCGAUUAUCUACGGAUGUACGUUAUAAACACUCACCCAAGUACUGAUAACCAACUGCUCUCUAGGACAAUUGAUGCAAUCAAUCGAAUAGCUCUCCGGGCGAAUUAUAUUACUCUUCUUAACUUAGGUAAACCACUAGAUAAUGAUUAUGGAUACACUUUGACCGAUCAUGCACUUACUUAUCUCUACAAUCAAUAUGAAAGAUCUCCAUCAAUGUGUCAGUACAUUAUUAUAACAAAUGGAGAUAACUUAUAUUCUCGACACUUGGGUAGCAAAAUUCUUCCUCUCAUGAAAGCCAAAAAAGAUAUCAUAGCUUGGGACUUCGUAACUCGCUACCCUCAACCGUACCUGAUAGAACUUAUGAACGGAGGGAAGCCGUUCAAUUAUGAAGUCUCUGAUGACGGGACAGCGAAACAUAUGGAAGUGUCACUAGAAACGGGUUUCGUCGAUUUAGGAGCAGUAGCCUAUCGACUAUCGUUUCUCAGCCACUACCGACUUAAUUUUAGUUACUCAAACCGGGCAUAUAUUCCAGAAUCUGAUGGUUUAUUCGUCGAGAUGGCAUCUCGUCUGACAAAUAAUAUAGUCCUUGUUAGGCAAAUAUUGUAUAUUCAUCAGUAA